AUGAUUUUUCCGGGAAGACGUCACGCCCCGACCACGCCCACCAGCCCGUCUUCUUUACCCCGAGCUGCGCAACUUCAAGUCGGUGUGAAUCGCCUGCCUCCCGGGGAACAACUGACACUUCACCUUCGCUGAACUCCGCUGGAAAACCUUGUCAACAAUGUCAAAGAGCACGGGAAGACCCGGCUACGAGGGGGAGUCCAUCAUCCGCAUACCCCCCCACCACUACAUCCAUGUCCUGGACCAGAACACCAACAUUGCCCGGGUGCAGAUCGGCCCGCUCACCUACAUCCGCCAGGACAAUGAGAGGGUUCUGUUCCCCCCGGUGCGGAUGGUCAUGGUCCCGCCGCGGCACUACUGCGUGGUCCUCAACCCAGUUGCUCGCAACGCCGACGGCCAGAUUCUCUUCGACGAGGCCGGUCAGGCCAAGCUUCGUCAUGCAGACUUGGAGAUCCGCCUGACCCAAGACCCGUUCCCCCUUUACCCGGGAGAGGAGAUCCAGCAGGCGGUGACAGCGCUCCAGAUUGUCUUCCCGGACACGGCGCUGCGCCUGCAGGCGCUGCUGGACUUUGUGGACAGCGGCGGCGAGGCCAGAGUGGCUGGUGACGAGUGGCUGUUCGAGGGACCAGGGACAUACAUCCCCAGAAAGGAGGUGGCGGUUCUGGAGACUGUGAAGGCCACCGUCAUCCGGGAGCAUCAGGCCAUCAGACUUCGUGCACGCAAAGAGGGGGUGGACCGCAGUGGCGUGUCCAGAGUGACCGGUGAGGAGUGGCUGGUCCGGAAGGUGGGGGCGUACCUGCCGGGAGCCCACGAGGAGGUCAUCGACAUCGUCAACGCCUUCAUCUUGACAGACAAGAAAGCGCUCCACGUUCGCGCCCUGCGUCCCUUCAAAGAUAGCGGUGGGCGGCAGCGACGCACCGGCGAGGAGUGGCUGGUCACCAUGGCCGACAGCGAGGCCCACAUCCCGUCGGUGUCAGAGGAAGUGGUGGACGUGGUGAACGUGACCACGCUGAGCAGCCGUCAGUACUGUGUGAUCCUGGACCCGGUCGGCCCAGAUGGGAAGCCCCAGCUGGGCCAGAAGAGGGUGGUGAAGGGCGAGCGCUCCUUCUUCCUGCAGCCCGGGGAGACGCUGGAGUCCGGGAUUCAGGAUGUCUACGUGCUGUCGGAGGAAGAGGGGCUGGUGCUGCGGGCCAUCCAGGCCUUCACUGACCAGUAUGAUGGAGAGGAGGAGGAAGAGGAGGAAGAGGAGGCCAGGAGCAAACGCUCCCGGCGUGGCAUCCUGCGGCGCCCAGGAGAUCGCUGGAUGCUGCGGGGGCCCAUCGAGUAUGUGCCCCCUGCCUGUGUGGAGGUGGUACUGCGGCGCACGGCCAUCCCGCUUGACGAGAAUGAAGGAAUCUACGUCAGAGAUAUGAAGACUGGCAAGGUGCGCGCGGUCAUCGGUCACACCUACAUGCUGACACAGGACGAGGAGCUCUGGCAGAAGAUCCUCCCUGACAAUGUGGAGGAGCUGCUGUCGUCCCAGAAAGAUCCCCUGGCUGACCGCUCGAACCGCAACCGGGCCCCCCAGGUGGUAGAGCGAGACCGGACCCGGGUGGUCUCCUACAGGGUCCCGCACAACGCUGCUGUGCAGGUCUAUGACUAUCGCGAGAAGAAAGCGAGGGUGGUGUUUGGACCUGAGAUGGUGAUGCUCGGCCCAGACGAGCAGUUCACUGUUCUGUCCCUGUCUGGAGAUAAACCCAAGCGACCCAACGUGAUUAAAGCCAUCUGCCUGCUGCUGGGACCGGACUUCUGCACGGACAUCAUCACCAUUGAGACGGCCGACCACGCCCGGCUGCAGCUGCAGCUCAGCUACAACUGGCACUUUGACGUUCCUCAGCGCUCGGAAGCUGCCGAAGCUGCAACACUCUUCUCUGUGCCAGACUUUGUUGGUGACGCUUGCAAAGCCAUCGCCUCCCGGGUCCGAGGCGCAGUGGCCUCUGUGCAGUUUGACGACUUUCAUAAGAACUCCAACCGCAUCAUCUGCUCGGCCGUGUUCGGCUUCGAUGAGAAGAUGUCCGUACGUCCUCGGCUCCACUUCCCCCAGAACAAUCUGGUCAUCAGCAGCGUCGACAUUCAGUCGGUGGAGCCGGUCGACCAGAGGACCCGGGACGCCCUGCAGAAGAGCGUACAGCUGGCCAUCGAGAUCACCACCAACUCCCAGGAGGCCGCGGCCCGUCAUGAGGCGGAGCGUCUGGAACAGGAAGCUCGCGGAAAGCUGGAGCGCCAGAGGAUCACAGAUCAGGCGGAGGCUGAGCGCGCCAGGAAGCAGCUGCUUGAGUUGGAGGCACUCAGCGCGGCGGUGGAGAGCACCGGUGCAGCCAAGGCCGAGGCUCAGUCUCGGGCGGAGGCAGCGAAGAUUCAGGGCGAAGCUGCGGUGAAUGAGGCCAAGCUGAAAGCGGAAGCUCAGCGGAUCGAGGCGGAGGCAGAACUGCAGCGCCUGGCUCAGGCCCGGGAGCAGGAGCUCAGCUACAAGAAGGACCUGGACUGUCUUGAGGUGGAGAAACAGCAGCGUCUGGCGCAGAUCGAGGCCAAGAAGUUCCGGGAGCUCGUGGAGAGUCUGGGCAGUGACACACUGAAGGAGAUGGCCCGGGCCGGACCCGAAAUGCAGGUGAAGAUGCUCCAAUCUCUGGGACUCAAGUCCACCCUCAUCACAGACGGAUCGGCACCCAUCAACCUGUUUACCACCGCCAACGGCCUCCUGGGGGCGCUGCCCGGCACCGGCCAGUGAAGUGAAGUCUUUGUGAAAGAAGUUAAAUGCUAAACCGUAUCUGCUAACUAACUGGUCAUUGCUGUGGUGUCAGCAGGUGUUCUCACCUGUGCCUGUCCAGCUGAAAUAAAAGCAUAUAGAGCUUCA